CCUUUAUGAGUCCCAAACUACUAAGGCAGUUCGCAAUUCACAGUUCACACAGAGAGUAAAGUGGGAGGAUAGGUAGCAGAACAAUAACCGUAAUGGCCAAAAUGAAGACCAAUUAUUUCUCCAUCAAGAAGCUCUACUACUACUUGAUCUUACUUCUUCUGGAGACCCAUUUCUUGAUUUGCAAUUCUGUUCAAGUUUUAGGAUCCAAUUCGUUCGUGAACACAGAUUUGAAUUUAAUACCGAAGAGGGUUUGUUCAGGAACGAUCAUCGAAUGCUUGUCUGCAACAGAGACAGAGAUGGAAAUGGAGAUGGAGAUGGACUCAGGUUCCAAUAGACGAAUUCUAGCGAUGCAGAAGAGGUAUAUAAGCUAUGAUACCCUAAAGAAGGACAUGAUUCCUUGCGCAAGACCUGGUUCUUCCUACUACAACUGCCCUGCAACUGGACAGGGAAAUCCCUACUCCAGAGGAUGUGAAGUCAUCACACGCUGUGCCAGAGACACUCAUCAGAGGCGCUGAACCUUCAAAUGGCCAGGGGAGAAAAAUCAGAUGGAGAUGGUGAGUGGAAUGCUUCUCAUCUUCGAAUUUGAUUUAAAAAUCCAGCAUUUGGGAUUUACCUAUUUCUUGUAUAACUUAUUAAUCUUGGUGGAGAAUUGGGAUUUUCUUUCUUGAAUGGUUAAAUAAAUAUUUUUAAUGAAUCACAGAUGUAUCUAAUAUUUGAA